AUGGCCACCAGAACUAUUUACCUGCUCACUUGGCGAAGUUUUUCAUCGCAACGUGCGCACUUUUCCAUAUUCGUGCCAUCAGCAGCGGACCAAAAGGGCACUUUGAUCCAUGUCAUAGGCACACCUAUGACGGGGUACAGUCUCGAGUUCAGGCGGAAUUUCUCUCUUACUACCCCUCCACGGCACCAAUGUAUGCUCCCUAUAGGCAAGACUGACGCAUGCAACAUUUCAGACCCUGUCCACGCAACAGAGACCACGGACUCAUCCCCCAGAGGGAAGAUUGAGAUUGCGGCCUCUCAAGUCCCGGCACCUGGUAUUAAUGAGAACUUCAUGGCACCUGUCAAUGAUACUACCAAUAAGCGAUGCCAGGAAUGGACCAUGGAAUUCAUUCGCUAUCUAGUUACUCAGAAACUGAUCGAAGCGGAAGCAGUUCAGAUCGUCCAAUCUCAACGCGAUCCCCCAGAUCAUUGUACGGGUCUUCGGCCUAUCCGAAGAGCGUAG